AUGGUUUCACAACCUGGCAAAAUGCUGAAUAUCGGUAUUUUCUUCGUCCUCUUCAACCGCCCAUACCUCUCCGAUCGACCUCCCCUCUCCAUCGCCAAAAAAGACAACAACGGUUUCUGGGUCCCCGAAUACCAUAUCCUCAAUCCCAUUCGACUCGGUCUCUUUGGCGCUGGUCUCCUCUAUCAUCUCCACUGGAUUAUUCUCGCUCUUGCUACUGUCCUCGUUACUUUCGACUCCUUGUGUAUUACACCCAUCACUGUAAACUGCAUCAAUGAAUGUUUUAUCGAUAAUCUGGCAGAAGCAUCUAUUGCUGUUAAUUUUUACCGGGUGGGAUUCGGUCUUAGUGUUGCGUUUUGUAUCAAACCUUGGGUGGCGGAUGUUAAUGUAGGGUGGACGUAUGGGAUGAUGGCGUUUAGAGGUAGAGACUCUGCUGUAUAUUUCGUUGGACAUAGGAUUAAGGAGAUGAGUUUCAGUGGGCUGGGGAGAAGCGAGGAGGGAGAAAAUGUUGUUGAGGAGAAGAGGACGGGGGUUAAGAUCAUAUUUAUCUGA